ACCUUUGCUUCAUUUUCUUUCAUGAAUCCUACACCUUUCGCGUCUCCUUCCCUUUUUCCAUUUUUCCUCCACUCAUCUUUUUUUUUCUAUUUCUAUCCUGUCUACCGUCCACGCCUAUCUUUCUCUUCUCCAUACGUUUUCUCGUGUUCCUUCUCGCUUUUCGGGUCGCACACUUGGCUCCGCACUGACUAUACGCUAACUUUAGCACACGGUAGAAUUGGCAAAGCACCACGAUUCGGCAACGAAGUCGAGACACGUUGAAGAAGACUCCAGGACACUUCACAUGGAUGUCUGAAAUACGAUCAAUUUAAUCCUAAGAUACUCGUCGACAUAAUCUAACAAGGAUGAUCGAUUCUGACAUAAUAUUUGGUAGAUAUCGCUGAUCUUUAAAUUGUGAUAAUCGUGAAAAUGAUAUAGAGAGAGCCUAGAGUUAGGUAGAGGUCGAUAGCAAAAGAAAUGGGGAAAAAGCAUCGACUGAUAGACCCAUUAGCCGGCUAAUUGAUUCAAUUGGAUCAUUCCGACACGGAUGGUGAGUUAAGCGGUCGCACUUAAUAAUUAAUUACUCUCUAAAGAACAUGGACAUUGCUAUCUUUAAUUGAAACUUAAAAUAAACUCGACAGUCUGUUCUUAUUUUAAAAGCCUCAAUAAAUGGACCUUUCCUUAAGAUCGUAGGAAUAUCCAACCAUCGUUAAUGUAUCAAUUUGUGAUCGGUAGUUUUUCGAAUUUAAAAGGUAUUUAGCGAAGCCUCCAAUGCAGAUUACGUGGGAGCGAAAGGUCGAGAAAUGAAGAACGAUGGAAGGUGUACGCGCGCAGUUCCGCGAAGCGGAGAUCGGAUCAGUGAGGGUGGAAGGGGAUAAAUCGAAACGCUAAGCAGCUCGAGAAAUUGAAACGAGGAAAGAUUUAGAGAGGAAAGAGACGUCGUAGGAAGAGCCCGCAAAAACCGACCGACCGAGAGGAUCGGUCAAUGGACCCUGAAUCCGCGGCUUCUUACUUUCUGCUCUUUAACCGACUGUUAUAAACAGAUCAUUUCGAAAGUGUCGUUAUUUAAAUAUUUUUUACUUGCCUUCGAACAGAAUUUUUAAAGCGCUCAUAGCUGUCUGUAGUUUCGUUCAUAUAACGAAUAUUGUUAACAAUCAACUAUAGCGAGGAUUUCUAAUACCUUGACAAAGUUUUUCAUGGUUUAGAAACACUCGAGGUAUCAAGUUUUGUAUAAAAUUAAUACCAAAGACAAAGUGUGUUCUCUGGUUCAUUUCCAACCCUGUAUAAAUCCUACGCCUCUAAAAGUUAUUCGUUGUUCCAAACAAAGUCUAAUUCCGUAAGCUGUGCAAAGGGUAAUCAAAAUUCUAAUCCGAUCAUCGAACCGCUACGUAAAAAACUCCUAGGUACUGAUGAUAUCAUUCGACGUGGCGGAUAUCGAUAACUAAAAAUAAGAGAGAAUAUACCGGCCGUGAAAUCUGGGAGGGGCAAACGGUUGAAACGCGAGGAAACCAAGAGGAAAGGCUUUACGGCGUGUUCAAGGGAACACAGACGCUCGAAAUCGAAGCUUUUAACGAGAAGUGCAGACUUAUUUGACGGUGCAGCGACUGCGGGGCGCCCGCAGGGCCGCACACGCUCUCUCCCUCUCUCUUUCUCUCUCGCCCCUAUAAAUAGACUCGACGCUACCACGAUUGCGGCCCUACAUCGUGCGGCUAUUUUCGACAGGCAUCGCUACUCGUUACAGUUCUCCGUACGCCCGCUCCACGACGAGUUUCUAUCGUCGACGGCUCUUCAAACCCGCGAACAAAGACACAGAUGCGCUGUUUACGCCGCGAGCAACAAGAAUCUGCCGAUCGUAGCGGCUCCUUGACGACCUGCUGCUCCUCCAGGUCGUACUUGCUCUUCUGAACACGUUCGUCGUUUCUAAAAUGGAUAUUUAUUGCGAUUUAGUAGAUGUCUGAUCGAUAGUUAAUCGUAGUGAAACGAAGUGUAAUAGUUUUAGUGUGGUACCCGGUUGAAAUUCACAAAUUUUCGUCGAGAUAUUCGAAUCUAGUGACCUGUCGUUUCAACUUCGUCGGUGUUCCAUGGAAAUUAUUUAAGUGGAAAACCAGACGGUCCAUUCGCUCCAUAAUAAGCGUGCCUUAAAGGGAUGUUUAACGAAAAGACGUAGACCAGAAUCUUUUCUGCACUUCCUCAGCGAUGGUAAUGAUAACUCGAUACGGAAACAGCAUCGGUGCUAAGUAGAAUACUCCACGGAUAGACUGCCGAGGAUGUUCAGCUCGCUGAGACUGACCACCAUGCGCUCGCAUAAGAACCGUGCUCGGCCAGGAAGCGUGGCCACGUCCGCCAGUUCCGAUUCAGCUCGACCCGACGAGAUCGCAUCUCAGUCUUACCAUACGCACAGUUUCUUGCUACUAGACGAUCAGGACAGUCCUGUAUCCACUCCUUCCAGUGUUUCCUCUAAAGUAGCUCAAGUUAGGGUGGAACGCGAAGGAGGAAGUCUCGGAGUUACCCUUAGGGGUGGAGUUUCUAGAGCUCUGGUAGUCACUGGAGUGAAAUCUGAUGGACCAGCGGCAAAAGAAGGAAGAGUUAGGCCUGGAGAUAGAUUAUUAGCUGUGGAUGAUACUGAAUUGAGAGGUUUGACCUUGGCAGAGGCUCAAAGAGCGCUUAGAAGAAGUUCCGAUGCUCCUGUGGCUUCCUUGACUAUUGAGUAUGACGUUGCUAACAUGGAAGAGGCCAGGGCAGCUACUUCCGGUUCCCUUCUGGUGCAAUUGGAACGUGGACUCUCGGGUGAACUGGGUCUAACAGUAAGAGAAACACCAAACGGAGUCUACAUUGAAAGUUUAAGACCAGCAAGUACCGCAGAUCGCUGUGGCGCUCUGCAACCUGGAGACAAACUAUUGGCAGUGGACGAAACCCCUGUCCAGGAUGCAGUGACAGCCGCCAAACUGCUCAGAAACAACUUCGACUCUCGCAUAGCUAGGCUACAGAUCUUACCUAGGCCUCCUAGUGCUUCACAGAGAACAGUCAAGAGAAGGGCGCAGCCACAAGCGCAACAGACCUCCAAUCAAACUCUGCAAACGAAAGAGAGCCUGACCGUGGUUCUUAGACCAGAUCACAAAGGAUUUGGACUUGCUUUGAAGCUCGCUGAAGAUCGUCUAAAUUAUGUCGUCAGUCUAUUAGAAGCUGGAGGUCCAGCCGAACGCAGCGGAGUGCUUUUACCUGGAGAUAAAGUUCUUGCAAUUAAUCGUAGAAUGCUCAGAGAUCUUCAGCCAGCUGAGGUAACUGGCAUUUUGGAAACUUCUCAAAUGAUCGAGCUAGUAACGGAGUACAAGGUCGGUGGACCAGUUGUACCCAGCUCAGGAGUGUUCACAGUGCGAGUAGCGAGACCUAUUGGCGGACAGCCUGAUGUAGGUCUCACAGUGAACGAGGAUUUGAUCAUUACCGAGGUUCGUAAGGGAUCUCUGGCUUACAGAACCGGCAGCCUAGCUCCAGGGGACAGGCUAUUAGCUAUAGACGGGCAAAAACUAGACCCUGGCGACCUCAGACAAGCCGCACAGCUGUUACAUCGACCAGGGAACUCGGUUAUCGCCCUGACCGUGAGGAAACCGGACCCUACCUCAGAAACCAGAGAGUACUGCAAGGAGUCCAGUAUAGGAAGCGAUUCGGUGCAACAGUAUCCUUCAGGAAUUCUUCGACCAGCUAGGGAGAGUCUACCUAGUGUAGACAGUGCAGUGGAUUCUUGGGGAGAGCUAGGAGAAAACAGUGGGACAGGUCCGGAGAUUCUGAGGCUUUGGGAUACAGCUUCGGUGGAUAGUGGUCAACUGGAUGUACACAUGCCUCCUUAUCCUGGGCCACAGGAAUGCAGCAACUCAGACAGGCCUCAACAGAUAGUUCACGUCUCCUUACACAAGGACCCAGUAUACGAGGACUUUGGCUUCUCCGUAUCCGAUGGUCUGUACGAGCGUGGAGUUUAUAUAAAUCGUCUUCGGCCUGGAGGACCCUGCGAUGGCGUUCUAAAACCUUAUGACAGAAUUCUGCGAGUAAACGAGGCCAGCACAGAAGAUUGCGACUGUUGCUUGGCUGUCCCGUUGAUCGCUGCGGCUGGUCCACGUUUGGACCUCACCGUAGCCCGACCGGUAUCUCCUCCUAACAUUAUAAAAACUCUGUAAAGGAGAGCAAAUCGUUGUGACGAAGCAGUGUAACGAGGAAAAUGGUGGUGAACAUAUCUGGUAUAUUUUUAUACACACCUGUAUUUUAUUUAUAAAAAUAAAUGUAUAGAUUGCUUUCAGCUAGAA